AACUCCUACCUCCUACCUCCUAACUCGUAACUGAUGUUCGAACAUGGCAACCUUGUAAUUUAUGGCAAAAGCCAGUGUCAUUUACUCGGCCGCAACGCCAACACAUCCUCGGUCCCAUCGACCAAAUCGCGCACACACACACUUUAAAAACGCAGACACUCAACUCUCUCUCUCUCCCACAAUUCCACGGAGAUAAUUAAAUUACUCUCGUCUCUGUUUUUGUUUCUGUUUUACAUAGAACACACAAACAUGUUGAAGUUUUCAUGCAAUGUCACGGACCAAAUCCACCUCAUAAACCAGGCCCAAUGCAGAUUCAUGGGCCUUCCCAGGCCCGUCUCCUCUGUUCGCCGACGAAACGUCUCUCUUCCGAUUUCUAAUCCUCGAACUCCGGUUAAAAUUCAGGCUGUUGUAUCGGAACAAGGAGGUCGGACUCUCACCGAAAUUGGGUCUGGUACGUUGGCGGAUAGGCUCCGGUUGGGGAGCUUAAUGGAAGACGGAUUUUCGUAUAAGGAGAAGUUUAUAGUGAGAUGUUAUGAGGUUGGGAUCAACAAAACUGCCACCGUUGAAACCAUUGCUAAUCUCUUGCAGGAGGUUGGAUGUAACCAUGCUCAAAGUCUUGGAUUUUCAACGGAUGGAUUUGCAACAACCACCACUAUGAGAAAAAUGAAUCUUAUAUGGGUGACGGCUCGUAUGCACAUUGAAAUCUUAAAAUAUCCUGCUUGGAGUGAUGUGGUUGAAAUUGAGACGUGGUGCCAAAGUGAAGGUAGAAUUGGAACCAGACGUGAUUGGAUUAUCAAAGACUAUUCCAAUGGUCAAGUUAUUGGAAGAGCUACAAGCAAGUGGGUGAUGAUGAACCAGGUCACUAGGCGGCUACAGAAAGCCAGUGAUGAAAUUCGAGAAGAAUAUUUAGUCUUCUGUCCACCAGAACCCAGAUUCUCUUUUCCAGAGAAGGACAAUGCCAGCCUGAGGAAAAUUUCAAAACUAGAAGAUCCUGCUGAGUAUUCCAGGACAGGGCUUAUGCCUAGGAGAGCUGAUCUGGACAUGAACCAGCAUGUUAAUAAUGUUACCUACAUUGGAUGGGUUCUAGAGAGCAUGCCUCAAGAUGUCAUUGACAGCCAUGAACUGCAAACGAUAACCUUAGAUUACAGACGAGAAUGCCAACAAGACGAUAUAGUCGAUUCCCUCACAAGUCCCGAAUGGAUUGAGGAUUCUGAUGCAGUUUCAAAGAUUCAAGGAACAAAUGGGUUACCUGCAAAAGGAGACAGAGAAGACUACCGUCAAUUUUUGCACUUACUGAGAUUGUCAGGUGAUGGCUCUGAAAUAAACCGAGGUCGAACUGAGUGGAGAAAGAAAUCGGGUAGAUAAGGAAAUAGUGUAAUUUGCCCUACAUUUCCUGCUUUUAAUGUGUUUGAAAAAGUUUUCUUUGUUUCUGUUUCUUUUGCCUUUUUCACAUCAAGGGGGUUUGGCUCCGAAUCUAUGUGUCGUUAGGAAGUUUA